AUGAUUGAGGAGAGUGGGAAGAGGAGGAGGACAAUGGCAGAGAAGAGGCAGCUGUUCAUGGAAAUGAGAGCACAGAAUUUUGAUGUCAUCAGACUUUCAACAUAUCGAACAGCCUGUAAACUGCGGUUUGUACAAAAAAGAUGUAAUCUUCAUCUUGUUGAUAUCUGGAAUAUGAUUGAAGCCUUCCGAGAUAAUGGCCUUAACACUUUGGAUCAUAACACAGAGAUCAACGUGUCUCGACUAGAAACAAUCAUUUCAUCCAUCUACUACCAGCUAAACAAACGCCUUCCUUCUACUCACCAAAUCAGUGUAGAGCAAUCCAUCAGCCUCCUCCUCAACUUCAUGAUAGCAGCGUAUGACAGCGAGGGCCAUGGGAAGCUGACGGUGUUUUCAGUGAAAGCCAUGCUAGCAACAAUGUGUGGCGGUAAAAUACUGGACAAACUGAGAUAUAUUUUCUCUCAAAUAUCAGAUUCAAACGGACUAAUGAUAUUUACAAAGUUUGAUCAGUUUUUGAAAGAAGUUUUAAAGCUUCCAACAGCUGUGUUCGAGGGGCCUUCUUUUGGAUACACGGAGCACUCCGUACGGACCUGCUUCCCCCAGCAGAAAAAGAUCACGCUAAACAUGUUUUUAGACACGUUGAUGGCUGAUCCACCUCCUCAGUGCCUUGUGUGGCUGCCUCUCGUGCACAGACUUGCCCAUGUUGAAAACGUCUUCCAUCCUGUGGAGUGUUCGUAUUGCCGGUGCGAGAGCAUGAUGGGGUUCCGGUACCGAUGCCAGCAGUGCCACAACUACCAGCUCUGCCAGAACUGCUUCUGGCGUGGCCAUGCCAGCGGCACUCACAGCAACCAGCAUCAGAUGAAGGAGCACUCCUCCUGGAAAUCACCUGCAAAGAAGCUGAGCCAUGCAAUCAGUAAAUCGCUUGGUUGCGUACCGAGUAGAGAACCACCUCGUCCUGUCUUUCCUGAGCAGCCAGAAAAGCCCCUCGACCUUGCACACAUCGUGUGA